AUGCAUUCUUCCAACAUUCUCCAAAUCAUUGCGAUUUUCGCCUUGAGCGCUUCCGUGCUCAGCGCUCCAACGCCAGGUCGGACCGGCGGCCUGACCAAGCCCACACGUCCUUACGAGCCUGGUGAGGAAAAGGCCGAUAAGUUCGACCGGUUCGCCAGUCCAGAAUUCCAAGAACCCCGCAAGUUGAAAAAGUGUUACUACUAUGCCAAGCUCUAUUGCCUGGACCCAGUUCGCAAGCACCUUUCCAAAUCUAAAGAGCCUAAAAGCCCCAAACACAGCCAGAGCUAUAGGGACUGGAUCGACUACAAUGGAAAAAGACACCGUGACGCCCAUAAGGAAUACUACGAGGAAAAGGAUCAACAGGCAAGGGCUGCGAAGGAGGCUAUAUAG